AUUCACUCCACUGAAGAUGCAGGAUGAAGAAAGAUACAUGACAUUGAACGUACAGGCGAAUAAAAGAAGUUCUAACCAAACAUCUCAACUUAAAUUUAAAGGUUAUUCUGUGAUGUUGCACCGGUAUAAAAUAUUAUUGGGAAUAUCUGGAACAGUAAAUGGUAUUCUGGUUUUGACUUUAAUCUCCCUGACUGUGUUGGUUUCUCAGGGAGUGUUGCUAAAAUGCCAGAAAGGAAAUAAUUCAAAUAUCACCCAGCAUGAUGAUAUUGGAAACCUGAACAUGAAUAGUGACACAAGAGGAAACAUACGUAAUAAGGACGCAGGCCGCUGUGUUUCAAGAGCUGCAGACCAUACAGGAUUGUGCCCAUCAGAAUGGUUCAAAUAUCAAGAAAAGUGUUAUUGGUUCUCUAAUGAGAUGAAAAGUUGGAGUGAUAGCUAUGGGUAUUGUUUGGGAAGACAAUCUCAUCUACUAAUCAUUCAGGACCAACUUGAAAUGUCUUUUAUACAGAAAAACCUGAAACAAUCAAACUACGUGUGGAUUGGACUUAACUUUACCUCCCUGAGGAGGACAUGGACCUGGGUGGAUGGUUCUCCAUUAGAUUCAAAGAUAUUCUUCAUAAAAGGUCCAGCUAAAGAAAACAGUUGCGCUGCCAUCAAGGAAAACAAAAUUUACUCUGAAACCUGCAGCAGUGUUUUCAAAUGGAUUUGCCAAUAUUAGAAUUAAAAAAAAAUGAUAAUGGAAUAAUCAAUGAUCAAAUUUUUUGCCUAUUAGAUUCUAAUAUUAUUCUUUAGGAGUAAGAAUUUAAAAUAGCAAUUAAACACCAAAAUCUAUUCUUUAUUUUCCCUCCAGCAUGUACAUUGGUCCUAGACUCAGAGUAACCCAUGUUAACCAUGUAAAAUAUGCUUUUCCAAUUUUUUAUGUGAUAAUAUAAUCCUGU